AUGGAGCAGCUCCGGAAGCAGUCGGGGCCGGCAGCUCGGCUGGAUGCCAUCCUCCGGCAUCUUGAACCUCGCUGUGCCUGUGCUUUGACAAGUGUUCCUACUUCAGCCCAAGUUAGUGUUGUUCCUCAGACAGGGAGGUUUCGCUAUACCCUGGACAACGAUGUCCUCACCACAGAGCAAAGGCAGUUCUACGAAGACAAUGGGUAUCUGCUCAUUAAGAAGCUCGUUUCUGAUGAAGACAUUGAGCGCUUCAGGAAGGAGUUCAUGAGGAUCUGUAAGAGAGAGGUGAAUCCACUGGGAGCUAUGAUUAUGAAAGACGAGUCCCUGAGAUCCCAGUAUGGUCACUCUGAAAAAGUAGUUAAUAAAGUGCAGGACUUCCAGGAAGACAAAGAGUUGUUCAGAUACUGCACUCUGCCAGAGGUCCUCAGAUAUGUUGAGUGUUUCACAGGGCCAAACAUCAUGGCAAUGCACACCAUGCUCAUCAAUAAACUUCCAGAUUCUGGUAAGGAAAACUUGGAUAAGAGGAAAAUAGAUAAAUUGUUGUGCUUAUCUGGCCAAAAUGGAAUUUAG